GAUUCCCCACUCAAAGCAGUGCAGAUGCUGUGGGUGAACUUGAUCAUGGACACCUUCGCUUCCCUGGCCCUCGCCACCGAACCCCCGACAGAGUCCCUGCUUCUGCGCAAGCCGUACGGACGCAACAAGCCCCUCAUCUCCCGCACCAUGAUGAAGAAUAUCUUGGGCCACGCCGUGUACCAGCUCACCAUCAUCUUCACCCUCCUCUUUGUGGGCGAGGUUUUUUUCGACAUCGACAGUGGCCGCAAUGCCCCCCUGCACUCCCCGUCCUCGGAGCACUACACCAUCAUCUUCAACACCUUUGUCAUGAUGCAGCUCUUCAACGAGAUCAACGCCCGCAAAAUCCACGGCGAGCGCAACGUCUUUGAUGGCAUUUUCGGCAACCCCAUCUUUUGCAGCAUCGUGCUGGGCACCUUUGUCAUACAG